CCCCUCCUUCCCCCCCUCCUCCUCCUGCUCCUCCUCCUACUCUUCCUCCUCCUCCUCCGUAGCCAUUUUUGGCUUGCCUGGCCCGAGUGUUGCCUCAGCACCCUUGCCCGCCAGGGCGCCCAGACGCCCCUGGGCGCCCCGAGUGCUCAUUGUAGUCACGCGUCCCUCCGAGGAGCCAUGGUGCGGUCCUGCAUCAUGGCAGCCCUCGUGCUGGCAUCGCCAGUGCUUGCGAUGGAUGCGUCUGUCAAGUCGUCGUUGACGUUUGACGCUGCAGCCGCGAAGAACCGUCCGGUGUCCAAAGUCGUCACUCUGCUGAAGGACAUGCUCCACCAGUUGGAGAAAGAAAAGGAGACGGACGAGGAGAUAUGCGGCUAUGGCAUGCUGGUGUGAGACAAACGACAAGGAGAAGAGCAAAGCCAUCUCGGACGCCGAGGCCCGCAUCAAGAAGCUGGAGGCGCUCAUUGAAGAGGACACGGCCCUUAGCGCGCGCCUCAAUCAAGAAAUCGCGAAGCACAAGGAAGAGGUCGCGGCCGCGGAGAAGGCGCUCGCGGAGGCCACGUCGAUCAGGGAGAGGGAGAUCGCCGAGUUCGAGGCCGAGGAGAAGAGCCUGCUCGAGGCCAUCUCCGCGCUCUCGGCGGCGGUCGAGGUGCUGUCCAAACACCACAGGACCGACGAGGCAGAUGCCUCCCUCCUGCAGGUGCCCGGCGGCCGCAUGAGCGAGGUCGCGCUGACGCUGCAGAAGGUAAUGCAGCAGCACGGCGAGAGGCUGAGGGGCGUCUUGACGCGCUCCCAGCGCAGGGCCGCGACCGCCUUUAUCCAGGCUCCGCAGGACUACUUCGACGCCGCGCCGACCUUCAAGCAGUCCUACGCGCCACAGUCUGGGGAAAUCUUCGGGGUACUGGACCAGAUGAAGGAGGAGUUCCAGAAAGACCUGAAAGAUGCGCAGGAUCGUGAGACAGCGGCGCAAAAGGCGUACGAGGACCUGAAGGCGGCUAAGGAGGCGGAGAUCGCGGCGGGGAAGGAGCAGAUCGAGACGAAGACGGCGUUGCUGGCCGAGUGCGAUGAGCGCCUUGCCCACAACAUCCAGGACAAGGACGACACAAUGGCGGCGCUGAGCGCCGACCAGCAAUUCCUCCUGAUGCUCAAGGAGAAGUGCUCCCUCACGGACAAGGAGUGGGAGGAGCGCUCGAAGACGCGCGCCCUCGAGAUGGAGGCGGUGUCGAAGGCCCUGGCCAUCCUGAGCGGAGACGACGCCCACGACCUGUUCACGAGGACCUUCAACCCGGCCUCCACCGCGAGCGGCGAGGGCACGGCCUUGCUGCAGAGCGGCACCUCGGCCCACUCCCAGCGCAGGGACGAGGCCGCGAGCCUGUUGAGGGCCGCCGCCGCGAAGCUGCACAGCCCGCGCCUGUCGGCUCUGGCCACGCGGGUCCGCCUCGACGCGUUCGAGCGCGUGAAGAAGGCGAUCGACGACAUGAUCGCAGCGCUCCUCAAGGAGAAGGACGUCGAGAUCAAGCACAAGGACUUUUGCGUCGACGAGCUGAACGAGAACCAGCUGGAGACCGAGAAGAAGGAGCGCGAGAAGUCGGACACCGAGCUCCUGAUCUCUGAGCUGGAGGCCCACAUCAAGAAGCUGGCCGAGGAGAUCGAGGCGCUCAAGGGGGAGGUCGCCGAGGCCCAGCUGCAGCUCAAGACCGCGGGCGAGCAGCGCGAGGAGGCGAACAAGGAGUUCCAGCUCACGGUCGCGGACCAGAGGGCGACGCAGAAGCUGCUGAAGGCGGCGCUCGGGGUGCUGGAGGAGUUCUACGGCGCGGCCGGCGCGGAGCUCCUCCAGAGGCAGGAGCCCGUGGGCCCGCCGCCGCCGCCGGGCUUUGCCGACUACCAGAACCACGAGGGCAGCGUCGGAGUCAUGAAGCUGAUCACGCAGAUCGCCGAGGACGCAAAGGCAAUGGAGGCGGCAGCGUUGAAGGCCGAGGAGGAAUCGCAGGCGGCAUACACAGCCUUCGUCGAGGCGACCGGCGCGUCGAUCGAGGCCAAGGAGAAGGAGAUCAUCAACAAGGAGGAGGAGAAGGCGAAGACGGAGGCCGAGCUCGUGAAGCAGAAGGAGGUCCUCGACAGCAUCCUCGCGGACCUGGAGAAGCUGUCCGACUACAAUGCCCAGCUUCACAAGAGCUGCGACUUCGUGCUGAAGAACUUCGACCUGCGGCAGACAGCCCGCGACGAGGAGGUGGAGGCGCUCAAGCAGGCCAAGGCGAUCCUCUCCGGGGCCAAGUUCUCGGAGUUCCUGCAGCGGGGCUGAGCUAUUCCUCCGUCCUCCUCCCUCCUUCUCCCUCCUUCCCCCUCCUCUUCCUCCUUCUCUUCCCGUUAUCUUCCUCCUCUUCUCCUCUUCAUCCUCCUCUCCAUCAGGCAGAUCGUGCUGCCGAGGCUGUGUUGCACAAUACUUUGAAAUCAGGGCCACUUCGUCACCCGGGGAUCGG